UGAAAACACGUGUGACUGGUCUAAAAAUCAAAAUAAUAUAAAAUAAACUAGGUACAACAUGUAAGAAUGAGAUAAAUAUUGUAUAUAGUAUAGAUUUAUUAUUUGUAAUUUAAAACAGAGAGUAAUAGUAAUUUAAGAUUUAAGUUUGAAGAGAAGCAGACUGUGAAGUGAUUUUAUGUGAACAUCUAAACUAAGAAAAUGAAUCAAAUUUUCGAUAAGGUACGAACUCUAGAUCCUAAUAACAGCGAGGCUAUAAAAGACACUUUGAAUUUAUUUAUUCAAAAUUUAUCAAAACAUGAAUUGUACGAUUCACAUCGAUGGCUGCGGUUGCUGUGCGAUCUUGUAAACCGAUUUCCUAAAUAUUGUAUUUCACACAGAAAUACAAUUGAGACAUAUUUAUUAAAAUACUUGGAUUCUGAAAAAUAUUGUGAUGUUAUUGAGUCAGCAAAAUGUGCUCAUUCCUUGCAACAGGUGCGCCCAUCUCAUGAAAAAACAUCAACACCAAAAUCUUGUUGGAGAGAUCAAAUGAUGCUUCUGUGUGAGGCUGCACACAAAGUUUUUGGCAUGUUAUGUUCUAGUGCUGUGGAUAUGUACAAAAUUAGUGCAAAGAAUUCUGUGCAAGGACCUAGUAAUUCACCUUUAGCUAAUGCUCUUACUGCACCAAAUGUUAACAGUAAAUCUGACAGAUUGAGGGCUUUGCGGAUAAGGUUGAAGAAUAUUUUUAUAUACAUACAGGCCAUGCUUAUAGAAACCUACACUGUGGCCAAACCCAUUCAGCCACAAUUAAUACUUGAUGUGAUAGUCAGGGUUGUCAGUAUUGCUAAAGAUGCGCAAAAUAGCACGGGAGAUCUGUCUGCUAUCAAAAGUGAAGCUUUGAGAACACUGGACGCACUUGCUGCUUGCUUAGGUCCAAAUCUAAUUCCAUAUUCGCCGCUGAUAUUUCGAUGUGUAAUGCAGACAUUGAGGUGGAGCUCUGAAAAUCCACACGAGACAAAGAAAGUCCGAUGUGAUGCCUACAACAGUCUCCGGCAAUGGUUGACAGUACUGCAUGUUCAUAAGAUAUCGAAUGACAACAAAAGUUCAUUGGAGGAUGAACUUACACAACAUAUUAUAAGAGACAUCACUCCAGUCACCAAAGUCGUGGAACUUACUAUGGGGGCACAGCCCACUAAACACAUGAGUAAGAAAGCGAAACGGAAACUAGCAACAACUCAGCUACAGGAAAGCAACAUAGCAUCUCACAUGCCAGGGGGGAAACAGAAGGCCAUUACAUGUGAUGAAGAUGAUAAUGCAGUCACCAUUGCUGCACUGGAGUGUGCUGAAAGUUUUCUGCUUGUCUGUGGAAUUUUCUUGAAACCGGAAACACAUAAGAUAUUCCAAGAGCGCUUGGUGCGGGACUGUUACAGUUUGGAUUCAUUCAGCUCUAAGCACGCGUUAAAGUUGCUGCGGGCGCUGGAUGCUUGUAGGAAGUGUGCAUCCCCUGUCCUGCCGCCUCCAACACAGUAUUGCCUGCAUCUAUACAGUGUGAUGGCCAACUCUACUAACAUCGAGGUUUCCAGCUUUUGUUCUCGAGCACUUUUGGACAUUAGAAUGCAUUUACACUGCUCCCCACCAUCAUUGAACUUCGCUAUUCAACCUAUAAAAACGAAAUCUAUCGAAAAAAGGAAGAAAGUCUCCGAAAGGAAUAGAGCUGUUUUAGAGUCAUUGAUCGGAAAAGAUAAGAUGCCUCACACAUCAGAUGAAAUAAUUGAUAUUUCAGACGAACCUAGCAGGAAGAAGCAACGAGUCAAUGUGGACGAUGAUAAAAUAAGUCUUAGCAGUGAUUCUCUAAGCUCAGUUGAAAUUAGUGAUUCAGAUUCUGAGAAAGUUGAAGAAGUACAUGGAGCAACUGAUGAAGAUGUCAGUGUUCAGGUUACAUCUGAAUUGAUUGAUAAACAGAAUUCAACCGAAAAUCUUUUAAGAAGUGAAGUAAACAUUAAUAAUAUUGAAACACAGGAUAAUCAGUCGGAGAUUGUUCAGGUCGAGAAAGAAUUAUUAAACAAUAAAGAAAAUAAAGCAGAAGUUAGUACUAAUGAAGAAGAAGCAGUUCAUAUGGAAACUGAAUAUCCAAAUGGGGAAAUAGAAAUGGUUCAUAAAAAAAAUCCAAUUACUACUGCUGAGAAAACUGUACCAAAAUUUGGUUGUGAACUUGAGAUUGUUAAAGAUACUUCUAUUCAUGAUGCAGUGACUCAAAUACACAACAUAUCUCACGAUAGUGUUGAUGCCGAAGAAAUACCGCGAUCAUUGGAAGUAGGAUAUGACUAUCCAAAUAUUGGCAAUGAAAAAGUUGCUCUGUUCGAAAAGAAUGAUGACGAAAAUCUUCCAAGCUCAAAUGAAACAGACGAUGUUCAGAUUACUUGUGGUCAAGUUUUAAAAAGUUCCCAAGAUGAAGACAUACAAAAGAAAACUUUUGAAAUUAGCACAACUCCUAAAGAAAAUGGUGUUGAUGUAUUCGAAAAUGGCGUUGUUGAUUUAAAUGAUGAAAAGGACUCGGCACCAGCUGUGUGUCCAAAAAAAGAUGUUUUAACUGUCGAAGAUAUGAUGGCUGAUUUUGUGGAUGAAGUAAUUGAAUGAACAUUUUUAAUUUUUGUGCCAAAAUGAGUAUAAUACAUACAUUUAUUUCCUA